GGAGUUAAAUACUGGGGCCGGCUCAGCCCCGGGCAGACUGCAGUCCGGGCACCUCAGUCACCAUGAAGGCUCUCCUUGUGCUGGGGCUCGUCCUCCUCGCUGUGGCUGUGCAGGGCAAGGUCUGGGAGAGAUGCACGCUGGCCCGAAAGCUGAAGGAACUCGGAAUGGACGGCUACAGGGGAGUCAGCCUGGCCAACUGGAUGUGUUUGACCAAAUGGGAAAGUGAUUAUAACACGAAAGCUACAAACUACAACCCCUCCAGCGAAAGCACCGAUUACGGGAUAUUCCAGAUCAACAGCCGCUACUGGUGUAACAACGGCAAAACUCCACAUGCAGUGAACGGCUGUGGCAUCAACUGCGACGUUUUGCUGGAAGAUAACAUCACUGAAGCUGUCAAAUGUGCAAAGAGGGUUGUCAGGGACCCUCAAGGCGUUAGAGCAUGGGUGGCAUGGAAAAACCACUGUGAGGGCCACGAAAUUUUGAAGGUGGCCCAUUGCAAUGGGACCACCUGGGGAACAGCCUCUAGAGAACGCUAUCGUUCCUUACAGUCCAAUGUUGCUCGUCAGCAGACUGAAGCCAUUCUGAUUUUGGAGUCUUUACAACCUGGAAUUGUGUGGGAUCUUCUCUUCAUCCCCAGAGUUCUCAAAGUUCAUGACUCGGACGACCGAGACGUGAAGCGCCAUGCGCGUGCGCAGUGCCCGCGCGUGCGCAGUGUGCGUAAUGUGCGCUCGUGCACGAGCUCGUCGGCGCCUGCGCACGACGUCGCCGCCGCCGCCGCCGCAGCUGCUUGGGUUCAGCUCUCCCCCGGCGCGGUGCUGAAUGGGCUUCCGGGAAGCCGCCCGCCGUGA